AUUUAUUAUCUAUUUUAUAACAGUCUGCGUAACAAUGAUCUACACCAUAUGUUCCCAAACUUUUUGAGUUGCCGCCCACUUAGAUAAAAAUUGUAAUUUUAAUUACUUACAUUAGUAUUUUCUUAUGUAUAAUCACAGUUAAUUGUGUUCACUGACCUAUCUCACUCGCCACACAAUCAACUUUCCACUUUAAACACUUUGUGCACAAAAUUUCACAAAUGGACCUGUCAGCCAAACUUGCUGCCAACCUGGACGACUUACAGAAGAUGUUUGAGUCAAGAAUGGGGGACUAUGAGGCCAAACUCCAGGCUUCGGAAACUUCUCCUGCUCACCGCAAUAUUGCAUCGCUUUCCCGGGACUUCAGUGAGUUCAAGUCUUUUGUACUUCAGACUAUGUCUAAACUUAAGGCUCAAAUUGAGCUUAUAUCUUUGGGUCUUGACCGCCAUGAAACAUUUUUGCGCAAAAAGGUCCUGCUUUUCCAUGGUGUAGCUGAGAACAAGGAAGAACAAUUAAAUCCAGUAAUUGUGAAAUUGUUGCAUAACCAAUUGCAUUUAGCGGAAAUCCAUGAAAAACACUUACUGGCCUGUCACCGUUUGGGACCAUGGAGAUCCUCACAAAGUAAACCUAGAGCUGUGCUGGUUCGAUUUGGUGAUUUCGAACUCCGCCGAUCUGUCUGGGACAGUAAAACUGCGUUGAAGGGCUCUGGUAUCACCAUAUCUGAGUUUCUGACUAAGGCGAGGCACUCCACAUUUGUCGCAGCUCGUAAACACUUCGGUAUUAAUCGGUGCUGGUCUACAGAGGGGAAAAUCAUGAUCGUUCUUCCUGAUAAGACCAGAAUGAAAGUGGAGGCCAUGGCUGAACUUCGGCCCCUGAUUGCCCGAUUCCCUGCGGCUGCAGCUGGGAAAACUGACGUCGCACAGGCUGCAGUAAAUCCGAUGGAGACUGCAAGUAAAUCGACGAAGGGUUCUGCAGCUGCUAAGUCGCGCCGGAGGUUGCACUAA